AUGAACUCGACCCCGGAUGAGGGCGAGAGCUUCCUGCGCGACGAGGAUAAUGGUGAGCGGGAGGACGAGGUUGGUCAAGAGUUAGGAGCGCAGGACGACCACGAUGUGCCAGACAUAGUUGCGCCCGAACCACACGUCCCGGCGGAGAACGUGGUUGAUGCACUCGAUGCAGCGCUAGAGGUUGAUCGCGGAGAUUCUGCUCACAUCGAAGGAGAAGAGCCACCAGACGUGCUGCCGGAAACCAAUGGAACGGACAAUGUUCCUCCCUGCAAUGAAGCGACUGAUAUCCCGAAUAUUGACGACUCGGUCUCAACACCCGACGACACACCCUCCGUACAAGGCUCGGUGCUUUCCUCUCCUCGAAGCGAUGCAGUCUCAAUCCGCAGUCCUGUUCGCAGAGGUAGCCCCGCAACCAUCCAUCGUCCUUUCGAUAUUCGCUUUCAAUCUCGGCUUUCAAGCUCCCAGCUCUCACCUCUACGCUCGAGCUCACCUGCCUUCCUGGGUGCCCAUUCCCGUCACUCCUCUACUGCCAGUCAGGGACUACACACGCCCUCCGAGCCAGACGAGACUAUAAAUCCGUGGGAUGUGAUCAGGUGGAGCAAGUUUAAAAAGAUCACUGGGCAAGCGUUUUCGGAAAUCGGCAAGAGAAAUUUCGGAAGCCCAACAUGCCUGGCGGUGUCAGACCAGUUGGUGCUGGGGACCUCCAAGGGGAUUGUUCUGGUUUUUGAUCACCAUCAGAAUCACAAAGCAAUCAUUGGCAGCGGCACGAAAGCCGCCGAGAGUGGCGCUGUAACGGCACUUGCAAUCUCUGCUGAUCAUACCACUAUUGCUGUUGGCCAUGCAAAUGGCCACAUCUUCACGUGGGAACUAGCCAGACCUUCCAGACCAUUUUUACACAUUCAGCCAAUUGAAGUCUCUCAACCUCAAGCUCGAAGAGGAGACGGUCAUAUAUCAGACAGCGCGGUUCUUCACAUCGGGUUUCUGGGCUACAGGCAUACUGCGCUUGUCUCGGCCGAUGACAAGGGCAUGGCAUUCUCCCAUCUGGCAACACGCGGGAUGGGAGCUGUUGGCCGCGUUGUCCGUACCACUCGAGUCCUUGGGCGAUACCCCGAAGUUGUCUCGCGAUCGUCCAAGCCCUUGAAGAAAAGUUCUGUCCUGGCCUUUUCACCGUUGCCUCUGGGGAACAUAGAGCAAAGGACAGAUAGUAUGGGCCUCGUGGCCAUGCUGACACCAUAUUUACUUGUCAUUGUCUCGACCACACCUGUAGCACAGACGCAGCAUAAAGCCGCCCGUCCCAGAGAGGUCGCAGCGCACAGUGCAAUGACUGCGGCAUUGGCUUGGUUUCCAGCCAUCAAGCUCAAAUCUCAGGACUCCGAAGUCUCAAGGACAAAGCUUGUUUAUGCCUGGUCUAACAUUCUCACAAUCUUGGAAGUCCAGGAAACCCAAGGAGAAGACGACACUGAAAAGAACAAACCUCCUGACCUGCAAUUCCUGGCUCGAAGCCGUUAUCAAGCCGACGAAGCAAUUGUGGCUGUCCAAUGGCUGAACAAAUCGGUGUUGGCCGUUUUGACCAUUACGCAACAGCUCCUCAUCAUUGAAGACCUCACCAUGCACGUAACUGAAGCCUUUGACCUGCUGAAGAAAAACAUAUAUCACGCAGAUCUCUACUCGCAGCAGCUCCGAGCUAUCAUCGAACAGCUUGACGAAGAAGACUCGUCCAUGCACGGUGUGGUUGCGGAUGCCUUUCACAUGAGCUUCCGGGCGUACAAAGGCAGGCUGUUCUUGCUUGGCUUCAAUGAUGUUUGGACUGGCGUCUUAACGAAUUGGGCUGAUCGACUUUUGGCCAUGAUAAACGUCGGCGAUUUCAUUGGGGCCAUCCGGCUUGCUACCCAGUAUUACCAAGGUGAAGGAGAAAAGGUCACUAUUGGUCUUCCCGAAGAAGACAACGUUCGUGCAGGUGUUGUCAAGGAAAAGCUCGACGAGAUGAUGUCCGCCUCUUUGAAGUACGCCUUUGGUAAGAACCAGCAAGCCGGAAGUGAUCAAAUCGAAAAGCCCCAGAUGGCCGAACUUGCAGAUGCUUGCAUCAAGGCAUGUCUUAUCAUGCACGAUCAGGACUUCCUCUUCGAAGAAGUCUUCUCUUGGUAUGAGGACCAUGGCCAUGGACCCUUGUUUGUAGAUGUCCUUGAACCGUACAUCCUCGAUCAAAGGAUUUCCUCGGUGCCUCCGCCCGCUUUGAAGACCCUGAUCAAUCACUUUGUGGAGACGCACACUCCCUCGGUGCUGGAGGAGAUCAUCUGCAUGUUGGAUACUUCCACGAUGGACAUUGAUCAAGUGACCACUCUAUGCAAGCAAUAUGCCCUGUAUGACGCCUACAUCUAUGUCUGGACAAUGGCCCUCCGUGACUUCACGACACCCUUGAUGAUGCUACUGGACUUGGCAGACAGUGAAGAUCUUCCACGUCAUCAAGCCGUCAACGUGGUUGACAGAUACAAUGUCGCCCAGAAGAUCUUCCCUUACGUUUCCUUCAUCUUGACGGGUCGCGUGUACCCUACUGGGAACAUGCUGGGCGAGGAGGACUCGGUGCUCGCCAAGGGACAAGUCUAUGACUUCUUCUUUUCAGGGGGCUCAGGUGCAAACGGAGUGGCUAGGAGCGAUCCCAUCAUGAAACGUGCAGCCUCUUUUGGGCAUCUGUCUCGAGUGCUCCAUUUCGAUACCGCAAGCUUCAUCGCGGCGUUGAACGAGGCGUUUGAAGACAGCUAUCUCAACUUGGGUGACGACGAUGCACUCAAUAGCCUCACCUUAAACCAAGCUGCAACCAUGCGUACUUACACCCGCCAAUACAUCGUUCGUAUAUUGUUGGAGGUGAUGUCGUCAGGCUUCGACUCUGAUGACACCAUCUAUCUGGACAUGUUCAUCGCGCGCAACCUGGCCAAAUACCCUCAAUACAUGGUACUGUCGGGUACGGUCCUGCAAGAGAUCUUUAUUCGACUAUGUCAGUACCCGGAAGACGACAUGCAAGAAGAUGCCGAGCUGAGCAUAGAAUACCUCCUUUCCGUGUACCAACCACCCAACGUACUCGACUUUGUUCCGCUACUCCGCGAAGCCAGUUUCUACCGCGUCCUCAAGUCUGUCUUCAAGCAAGAGCGUCAAUAUGCCGAUAUGAUAUCGACGUUCUUCAUGGACAGUCAAGACCGAGUGGGGGUUUUUGCCUCUAUCGUCGAAUGUCUCCGAUCAGAAUCACUUCUAGCACAACGACAGCGACAAGAGGUAAGGGACACCAUAGAGAAACACGCGCUUGACCUCAUCAACAUCAAUGUUCAAAGGUGUGCCGCCACUAUUGACGAGGUGGCGCCGGAUUUGCACCACGUGUUCCUGCAAGCAAUGACCGAUGAUCUCUUUGGACAGUUUGAGUAUCUAAGGACGCUCCUGGAGCCCCAAGACCAUCUGCGCUCGCGUCGAAACUAUGACCAUGAGAUUAUGGAGCUCUAUGUCCGCCUCCUUUGCCAGUUUGACCCUUCACACGUCAGAGAUUAUGUGGAGAGUGUCAAGGAAGGCGACAUUCGACUUGCAGAAGUUCUUCCGACCAUCGAGGAUAGUGGCAUUAUCGACGCUGUGGUGAUCUUGCAAGUUCGCCAGGGCCAAGUAAAGGAAGCAAUGGAUCGGUUAACUCGACACUUGGCCUUCUUGGGCUCGACCUUAAAGAGCGUGAAGUCGGAUUUUGUUGACCAGGGCGAUGAUGCAUCCGUCCAACACCCGACCACGAACCUUCUCGAAUCAUUGGAGAAAUACACUCGAGUGGGCAUCUGGUUGUGUCAGGGGCAGAUGAAGAAUGCUCCCAAGUCACUGGCAGUUUCGAAAUCACCGAGGAGAUCUGCCAGUGCGACGCGUGCAUUGUCUUUCGAAGAAAAUCUCUGGCUUGACCUCAUUCUCUGCGUGGUGUCGAUAGCUCGAGAUGUCUCCAUCCGUGCGCCGCUGAACGAAGAGACACAAGACGACAAAAGUCUCGAAAUCACGCAAGCCCUUCGAUUAACCAUUCAGCAGGUCUUCACUUCACUUCUUACAAGUACUACAUCGGUACGCGAUGGGGCAUCAGGUCAAGACAUGAUAUUUUUACGCAUCCUACGGGCAUUCCUCUCACACGCUGCUGAAGCAAGCCCGUCUCUUUCAGAACUCCGGGGUGUGAUCAGUUCCAUCUUUUCAGCGUACGCUUAUGAGGAGUCUCUGCUGGGUCUCUCGAACGCGAUGCUGGACAAGGACGUGUUUGUACGCUUGGACGAAGUGGCUGCUCUUAGACAGCGCGGCUGGAGGCCUCGAGGGCAGGUAUGCGAAGUCUGUCGACGACGGAUCUGGGGCCCGGGCGUCGGCGAGAAGGUUUGGGAGCAAUGGCAGAAAAAGGAAGAAGCCAGACUCCUCCGCCGGCGCCGGAUCCAGGACGUCGAGUCUGUGGUGGAAGACGAUGAGACCCGGGGCAAAGGCAAAGCCACAGUCGGUGUGAGCGCGCAGGAGCCAUUAGAGGGGGAAAGUGGCGGUGUAGCGACUGAGCUGGCAGAGGAGCUCGGCCCAAUUGUGGCGUUUUCCUGCCGCCAUCUGUACCACCAAAAAUGCUUGGGACAGGCAGGCGUGGAAGAUGGUGUUCCUCAAUUGGUCUGUCCGGCUUGCGUAUAG